AUGAUGUCCAAAACCUUCUCAUCUUCGUCAAAAAUUCUUUGCUGUUGUCUUUUAAUCGCCGUCCUUUCUAUUGGACAAGCUUUCGAUUCAAGUGAAAUCCGGAUGCUUGAAGGAGAUUAUCCAACUUCUAAAAGAAGCGAAGAUCUCUAUCGGUAUGGCAGAUCAUAUGAGGAACUGGCUUCUCCUCUCAUUAGAUUUGGAAAACGUUCUCCACAAGAAGCUUCUGCUCCUCUCAUAAGAUUCGGUCGUGCACCAGAAGCUUCUCCUCUCAUUCGUUUUGGAAAGAGAAGCUACGAAGACGCCUCAGCCCCAAUAAUCAGAUUCGGCCGUGCCCCUGAAGCAUCUCCACUCAUUCGUUUCGGAAAGAGAAGCUCUGGAGCUCCAUUGAUCAGAUUUGGACGAAGCAUGGGAGCUCCCAUAGUGAGAUUUGGACGUUCUCCAGCAGCUUCAUCUCCUUUGAUACGCUUUGGACGCAAGUAG